AUGUUUUCAUUUAUCAAAUUCUCAGUAAAUUCCCAAAGUUUUUUUUUAGUCAAAUCGUCAUCUUUAGCAUAUGAAGAUCGUUCGCUUUCUUUACCAAAUGCUUCAUCGUCAGGUGAGAUUGAACCAGAAACAGAAGUUCCUGACAAAG